GAAUGCAACAUAUAUAGAAGCAACAUGUUCUAAUUAGUCUUAUCUUAAGAUUUCUACAAGCACAAGUUCUUACUCGAAAUCAUGACAUUGAAGAUGGACGUGCUAUUACCAGUCGUGUGUUUGUUAGCAGGCUUGAAAUUUUCUAUCGCAGCAGAAUGCCACGGGAAGCCAGACCCAAACGCGCAACAAAACUUGAAUCCCAUCUGGGGCGGUCAGGUGAAGUUUCUGCGAGAGGUGAAAAACGGGAAACUGUACCAGGCCGGUAUCGCACAAGACGCGUUUUACGUCGUACAUGUCUGGGGAACGCCAUAUGAAAUGGGUUAUGCUCAAGGGCAGUUGCUGAAGACGGAAGCGAACCUGUUCAUGAACUCCGUGUGGAGAUACUUGGAAGAACAAGUGAUUCAAGCUAUCAACGCCACGCUUCACUUCCAACCAUGGUUUCUGAAAGAUGUCGCGGAUUUUGGACUGGACGCCGCCCUGGACCUUGAACUGACGAUCACCCGACCUUACACCGGAAGGUACUUCGCCGAAGAGGCACAAGGUCUUGCAGACGCCACUGGGGUCGAUUUUAAGAUGAUUGAACGGAUCCACAUGAUUGGCGAACUCACGAAAGGGGACUGCUCAAUGAUGGGGGCCUGGGGCACAGCGGUAAAGGACCCGAACUCCCUACUGCAGCUUCGAGCGCUUGAUUGGAACACAGAUGGCCCGUUCAAAGACUUCCCCCAGGUGACAGUGUACCACCCAAAUCCUGGCCACGGACACGCAUUUGCGAACAUCGGCUGGACGGCCUGGCUCGGAUCUAUCACCGGUUUCAACAAAGAGCAGUUGGCCAUCAGCGAGAUAGGCGUGGCAUUUCCAGAUAAAACCUUCGGGCACGAGUCAAGAUUCGGAAUCCCUUUCACAUACAUAUUGCGUGACGUUCUACAGUUCGACAAAAGCCUGGGUGAGGCAACCGAGCGCAUGCGCAAUGCUCGCCGCACUUGCGACCUCAUUCUUGGGGUCGGAGACGCCAAGAUCCGCGAGUUCCGCGGGAUCCAGUACUCCGCCGCAGUGGCCAACUUCUACUCGGACAUCGAUAUGGAGCCGACGGCAGACUGGCAUCCCAGAAUCCCCAACGUCGUCUACUACGGCAUGGACUGGUUGUGUCCAGGCUUCAAUCAGGUGCUCGCGCGCCAAAUUCAGGCGAACCACGGAGCCCUGACACCUGACGUCAUCAUUCGUGACGUAGUUUCCAUCGAGCAGUCCGGAAGUCUUCACAUCGCUGUCUACGACCUGGCCAAUGGCUUUGUGUACAUCGCCAAUGCUCGCUCCAGUCAAGAGUCUGGUCCGCUGAAUGCAUAUGACAGAACGUUCAUUCGUCUCAAUACAACUGAGCUGUUUGCCGUUUCGCCACCAACGGGAGUCUACUAGACCACUUGGAAAUAACACCUGCAUCGAGUGAAAUAGAGUACUCAAUAAUUCCGUAUAAAUAUGCAUAUAUUUCAAUUAAAUUAUAAAGUUGC